AUGCCCAUCCUCAACACCUCUGAAACAGAGAUCUCUAAUUUCUAUUUGGUUGGGAUUCCAGGGAUGGAGUCUGCCAACAUUUGGAUCUCGAUUCCCAUAUGUCUCAUGUACACUGUUGCUAUUCUGGGGAACUGCACUAUCCUCUUUUUCAUAACAACUGAGCCUUCUUUGCAUGAACCCAUGUAUUAUUUCCUCUCUAUGCUGGCUUUCUCAGACCUGGGACUAUCCCUCUCUUCUCUGCCUACCAUGCUUAGGAUCUUCUUAUUCAAUGCUUCAGAGAUUUCCCCUAAUGCUUGUUUUGCCCAAGAGUUUUUCAUUCAUGAAUUCUCAGCUAUGGAGUCGUCUGUACUUCUUAUCAUGUCCUUUGAUCGCUUCAUUGCCAUCUGUAACCCUCUGAGAUAUGCUUCCAUCCUGACCAUUGCCAGAGUCAUUCACAUUGGAGUUGCUUUUUCUCUCAAGAAUAUUUUGUUGAUUUUACCUUUCCCUUUCACCCUGAAACGUCUGAGAUACUGUAAGAAGAACCUUCUGUUCCAUUCCUACUGUCUCCACCAGGAUGUCAUGAAGCUGGCCUGCUCUAACAACAAGAUCAACAGCAUUUAUGGCCUGUGUGUAGUUAUUGUCACUCUAGGUGUGGACUCGGUCCUCAUACUUCUUUCCUAUGUGCUGAUUCUCAAUGCCGUGCUUGGUAUCGCCUCGCGGGAAGAGCGGCUGAAAGCUCUCAACACGUGUGUAUCCCAUCUCUGUGUGGUGCUCAUCUUCUUUGUCCCAGUGAUUGGGGUGUCCAUGGUCCAUCGCUUUGGGAAACAUUUGCCUCCAACCGUCCAUGUCCUCAUGGCUGACAUCUACCUGCUUCUGCCCCCGGUGCUUAACCCUGUAGUCUACAGUGUCAGGACUAAGCAGAUUCGUCUAGGGUUUGUCCGCACAUUCCAAUUUGGGAGGCGGUUUUAA